AUGUAUCUGAUGGCGGUCCUUAAUGUAUCAUUUGCAGAUGAUGCAGACAUAACUAAAUUGAUAUCAGAUGAAUCUGAUGAAUCAAUCAAUGAGUGCCCGAGCCCGAGCACAAGCAGUCUAAAUAAAAAAGAUGACGAUUCUGGUUAUUUUAGUAACGAGAAUUCGUCGGAAAUCGAUAAUUAUUUCUUCCUAGAAGGAAAUGACAUUCAGAGCAACGGUGAUGCUGAUGCCGAUUGUGUAAGUCAUUCUCACAUCGAUCCCGAUGCACUCACUGUCUUGGAAGUCGAACCCCGAUCAACUAAAGAAGUUAUCAGUUUUCAAGCAGAUAAUACUAAUAGUCAACUCGAUGGAUUCAUCAUCAUUGCGGAAACUAAUGAAUCGGCAUUUGUUUCAAACGUUACCCUCGCACUCAACAAAGAGAAUUUAUUUAUAACACCAGUAAAGAACGACUCUAUUUUAUUUUUAGAAGGUCAAUGCAAAGAAGUUACGAAAGUUACGUCGCCCGAAAAGGAUUUCAUAGCGCGAGUUCAAAGUAAAACUAGUGAAAGCAAUAAAACGCCCAAUGUUUUGCAGUGCAAUGGAUUUAAAGAUAGUGUUGCGGUGCCUUCUGACACAAUAUCGAUCGAUCUUGGCGAAUCGUCGAUCUCGAAAGUUGCUCUUACAUCGAACGAAGAUCAUUUAAUUUUGGAAGCAGUAUAUACAAUUAGUGAUGGUUCUGAUGAAUCUUUAAAUAUUAGUGCAAAUUCUCCCAACAUCUAUUUCAACGACUCUGUGAUCUCAGAUGUCAUUCACGAAUUUAAAAAAGGCGAUCUUGACGAGGAAGAGAGAAACCUCGAUGAAUUCGUGAAGAUCAUUGUUGAAAAUCCUUUCGAUGAUAGUUUACCCAUCGAUCUCAACGAAAUUAUUCCCUUAGAAGUAUCUCUCACUUCGAACGACAGAGAUUUAGUUACGCAAGUGGAAAAUAAAAUUGAUAGUAGUGAAAAAAGUUACUCGCAAGUAGAAUCUCUCAAUGCUGGCGAAAAUCUUCCCGAUAAUAAUCCACCCAUCAAAGAAUCAACUUGCUCGGAUGUCGCUCCCGCGCUAAUGAAAGAGACUGAAAAUGAAAUUGAUUAUAAACUCAAUCAAGGAAGCGAUAUCGAUGCGAAAUCUGCAGAAGUAGAUUUAUGCACUACCGAUUCUGAUACUUCGACUCCUGCCUCAGGAAUAAUCGAGUCUAAAAAUGACAUCCCGAGUACUGACGUUGCCGAUUCUGCCAGUAAAAAACUUCCAUCUCAAAAUGAACUAAAAAACUACACACAAUACGUCAAAAUUUACUGUACAGAAUGUGGCGAGAGCCCUUGGAACGUUAAGUAUGACAAGACGAAUCCAAACUGUGAGACCUGCGAAAAGAAGACACUGCUUAAUUGCUUCAGAUGUGAUAAAAAAUACACAAAGUACGCAGGUAUACUAGACCACCUUAGAUACAGAUGUGUUCCCAUCGACACGUUGUAUCAAUGUUCGGAUUGCGAUUAUAACACGAGGGUGAAGAGCGCCUACAAGAAGCACGUAUUAACGCACAAAACGUCGGAGAACAUCCAGUGCACGUGGUGUGCCUUUCGAGUGUUCUGGUUGGGGUCGAGAUUACAGAUAACAGAGAAAGCGUGCAGAAUGCGAAGUGUCCGAAUUGUAAUAAGACGUUCCAAAGCGAGGCAACUCUACGAAGACACAAAAAACACAUUUGUUGUCAAAACAAAGAGAGUCAAGUAGAAUGCCAGAAUUGCGGUAAAUGGUAUAAAACCGAAACACUUCUUCGAAAAUAUCAGAAAUACUAUUGCACGACUGAUGGACAGAUUCGCAGAGUCAACUGUCUGGAUUGUGGUAAGGAGUUGAGCAACGAAACGCGUCUCUGAAAACAUCGUAAAUUAUGUUAUAACGACGCUUUAAAUACCUUACAUACAGAAGAUCUUUUUCCAUGAAUCAUCUCAUCUCAGUUAUUUAUUAUCAUAUUAAAUCAAUAUUAACAUUUUA